AUGACGUGGCAGAGAGCAGUGCCAAGUCUGAAGGCCUGCCUGAAGAGUCUUUGUCUGGUUCGGGUGUUAAAUCCUUUUCCUCUGCCCCAAGAGCAACAUGUUCUGAACAGGGUCUGCUCCAUUAGCUUAGAUCCUGGAAUGAAGAAGACUGUUAACCCUCUUAGUGGGAAACAUAGCCUUUCUCUGGGCCUUGUUCCUAUAAUACUAACACUCUAUCUUUUUGCUGCAGGAGAAGAAGUUAGCUACGAAAGGGUGGGGUGCUUUAAAGAUGGUAUACCAUGGACUGGGACUUUGUCAAGAAAGAUGGCAGGUUUAUCCUAAUCUCCAGAGAAGAUAAACACUCGCUUUCUGCUUUACACUAGACAUAAUCCCAAAGUCCAUCAGGAAAUCAGUGCAGCUAAUUAUUUAACUAUCCAAGUCUCACACUUCGGAACAGACAAGAUCACCCGUAUCAACAUACCUGGAUGGAACUCAGAUGAAUGGCAGCAAGACAUGUGCAAUGUGUUCCUAAAAGUAGAAGAUGUGAACUGCAUUAAUUUAGACUGGAUUAAUGGUUUACUGCAAUAUAUCCACGCUGUAAGCAGUCUCCGCCUUGUUGGUGCUGAGAUGGCUUAUUGUAUUGAUGUUCUUGUGAAAAAAUUUGGAUAUUCCCCUUCUAAAGUGCACUUGAUUGGCCACAGCUUGGGAGCUCAUCUGGCUGGGGAAGCUGGGUCAAGGACACCAGGCCUUGGAAGGAUGACUGGGUUGGACCCAACUGGGCCGGGUUUCCACAACACUCCAAAUGAAGUCAGGCUGGACCCCUCAGAUAUCAACUCUGUUGAUGUUACUCAUACAAAUGAAGUUCACUUCCUCUUCAAGCUUGGUGUUGGAACUAUUAAUGCUUGUGGUCACCUUGACUUUUACCCAAAUGGAGGGAAGCAUAUGCCAGGAUGUGAAGAUUUAUUUACACCUUUAUUUAAAUUUGAUCUCAAUAUUUAUAAGGAAGAGAUGUUUUCCUUCUUUGAUUGCAACCAUGCCCAAAGUCAUUGCUUUUAUGCUGAAAGCAUUCUCAAUCCCAAUGCAUUUAUUGCUUAUCCUUGUAGAUCCUACAAAUCUUUCAAAGCAGGAAAUUGCUUCCAUUGUCACAAGGAAGGUUGCCCAACGAUGGGUCAUUUUGCUGAUAGAUUUCACCUCAAACAAAUGAAGCCUAAUAGAUCGUAUUAUGUUUUAAACACAAGGACUCUUUCCCCAUUUGCCGAGGUUUCUUUUACCAGCACUUACGAAGCCUUGUGGAUUUUCAAGGGCAAAAACUGUAGUUCUAUUGGUUAUCACAAAGAGAAAGACAAGCCCAAGUAG